CAAGGACCCCUUAUCCCACUGACAUUGGACUCCCAACACUAUUUCUUAGCCUAUUUUGUUGGAGAAAUUUUGUAUGUGUUGGUUAAAGUUUAGAUAGAUCUAGAAAAUAGAACUAACAAUCUAAAAUCCAAAAUCAAAUUACUUUUGAAGUUAACAGAGAAACUUAUGCUGAUAUAACUUAACUAUCAUCAACUUGGAUUAGGGACAUUACUUAGGAAAAAUAAAUCUUAUAUAAUAAUUCUGUAAAUAGCUAAGGAUAAACUUUAUGAAAACUUGAUCUUCCUCACUGUCUGGAACUACGUCACCUUCAUCUUCGCCUUCUUUUUCGUCGUCAUCCCUGUCGGGACUUCUAUCUGGAUUCGUCCUCAUCCUCAUCCUCAUCGAGACUUAUAUCUGGACCGGAAGAAUCUUAUUCUAGUCCUGGGUUUCACACAUUUUUCGAUAUUCUUGAUUAUCGUCAAACAUAUCACUUGUGUUGUUUCGGCAACAAUAUGGUUCUCCACAAUCCAAUGUUUGUGGUAAAUAUUUUGGACGGCCGUCUAUUGUUGGUUAUACUGGAUACGAAAAUCUCGAUAUAACUUCAUUUUCUAAUAGGCCCCAGCAUUCUUCUUCAUCAGCUUGAAAGAAUUUAAGAUCUUCCAAAGCAUGAAACAUGUUAAAACAUCUAGCUACAUGUCAUCCAACGAGGAUCCUGUGGAGAUUGACAGUCCUGCUGCAUGUAAUGGAGACACACCUAGUACCAAUGAAAAUGGACUUCACCUUUAUCCUGUUUCUGCCAAUGAUUCAGGCGAAGGUUUACCAUAUGCUCCUGUUGAUUGGCCUAGCCCAGGUGAUAAAUGGGCCUGGAAGGUGGGGAAAAGAAUUGCAUCUGCUGGCUACUUUCUUGACAGAUAUCUGUAUCUUCCAAAACGUCUUCGUGGAAAGCGAAGUGUUUUCGCAAGUAGGCUUUCGGUUGAACAAUACGUCCGGUCUGAGUUUCCGAGUGUGGAUGUCAAUGAAUUCUUUGCCUCAUUCAGUUGGAAGAUUCCCUCAAAACUAUUAAAAGGUGACUGCUAUGCUGAGGUCACAUCUUCAGGCUUGAAAUCUGAUUCUCAAUUACAAAGCAUGAGUUGUAAGGCUGGUAACCGCAUGUGUGCAAGUUUAGUAGCAGGGGAUCCUAGUCCAGAGACAAUGUUUUGUGACAUUUGUUGCAGUGAACCUGGUUUUUGCCGAGAUUGUUGUUGUAUUCUUUGCUGUCUGACUAUUAGUUCUGCUUAUGGUGGGUAUAGUUACAUUAGGUGUGAAGCAACAGUUGAUGAUGGUUACAUUUGCGGACACAUAACCCAUUUAGAGUGCGCUAUACGAUCUUAUAUGGCUGGGACGGUUGGAGGAAGCAUCGGUUUGGAUGCAGGGUUUUUAUGUCGACGCUGUGAUUCAAGAACUGAUUUGAUCCCACAUAUCACGAAGCUUCUAAAUAUUUGUAGAUCCAUUGAUUCUCGUGAUGACAUUGAGAAGAUCCUGAAUGUUGGCAUUUGCAUUCUACAUGGUUCGCGGAAAACAAAUGCGAAACAGUUGCUGCGUCACAUUAAAUCAGCCAUGGCAAAGCUUCACAAGGGAGCCUGCGUUGGAGAUGUGUUCAAAGAAGAACAAUUCAUUGAGGCCAAUGGAGAAACGCCUCAUCAUGACACUGGCACAUCUGUGUGUACACACCAUGGAGAGUCAAUUGUUAGCGAACGAUCUUCACCCGAAAAGAUGACUUCAAAUUUUGAUCAUCGAGUUGAAUCCCUUAAGCUUGAGAUUGAGAUUGAUCAAAUUCUGCAGGCAUUGAGGAAGUCUCAAGAAUUUGAGUACAAACUUGCUGUGGAAAGACUCUUUGCUCAAAAGAACUACAUCAUGAAUCUAUAUGAACAGCUCGACAUGGAAAGAUCUGAUCUAUCAAGCCAUACUUCGAUGGUUGAAACAGAUACCUUACUUGAUGUUGUCCUAAAUAGGAUUGACCAAAUAAAGCGAGAAGUGUUGAAACUCAAGGAGAUGAAACAGGUACAGAAUGGAUUUGGAAGCACUUCUAAGGAAAUACUGAAGGACCACUUUGGUCUAGAAACAAAAUCUACUUGAAGCAAAGCUCUGCCCAAUGUAUCUACUACAGCAAAUACAUCUUGGUAGUUUUAUGCCAAAAUUUUGUUCUGAGCGAUAUGUUGUAACUGUCUAUCACUGUAAGGGGGUCGUUUGGUAUCAUGUAUUGUUGUAAUGCAUGGAUUAGUUAUACAGGGAACAUGGAUUAGUAAUACAAAGAUUAUCUCUUGUUAGAUGUUAUACAUAGAUUAUAUUGUUAUGCAGGGAACAGUUAUAGAGGGAUUAGUAAUACAAAUAUUAUUUCUUGUUA